CGGACGUGAAACGCGCUUGUUCGCUUUUUCGUGAUUUCGCCCCUUGGCACGGUAAAUAACGCUUGAAAAGCUGGCUAAGUUGUUGAUUUCGCGGCCGGAGUCUUGUACAUACGUACACAUUUUAUUUUGCGUACUACGCACCGGGUUUAAAGUUGUAUUACACUGGAACCGUGUGGAAAAAUUGCACCUGUGCAGUGGAAAAUUGUGAAUUCAGUCGCGGUCUAAUUACUGUGUGUGUGUGUGGGUGAGAGGGAGUCUGCUUGCGUGUGUGAGUGUGUAAGUUGGUGUAGGUGCCGUUUUAUUUUCGAUUCGAUUUUGACGGGAAGUGUAAACGGAAAAGUGAAUAAUACUCACCAAGUUAAGUUGUUGCACUUACGACACAGAAAAAUUGCUUUUCUCGCUCACAAAUACCAGUUUAAGCAACUACCACAACUAAUACAACAACAACUGCCAUAAACGGCCAACAGCUAAACCAAAAGAAAAAGCAAAAGCAACUGCAACAACAACAGUUCUAACAACAGUACACAAACAAACACGUUUUCCGUUUUAUUAUUCUGCCUCGCGUUUGCUUGUGUGAGUGGGUGAUGCUGUGUGUGUGUGUGUACGUGUUGCUCGUCCGAGUAUAGAAAUUUCUAAUGAUUUUUGGUUGUGUUCCCGAAAGGCAGCUCCAACAACAACAUCAGCACUGGACUCCACAGUGCCUGUUUCAUUUCGCAUAAUUUGCAUGUUUCGUUUAAUUUUCGGCUGAAGGACAACGGCAGCCGCAGUUUAUCCACAUAAAAUAAUAUUCAGAGGCAACUAAAAGCAAAACGAUCCGAAUUCGGCUGGCUUGAUGCGAUCGUUAAAAAUUCGAUUAAGAGAAGCCUAACUGCUUUGUAUGAUCCCAACGACUAACACUUCGACCAAUACCGCACUCAGUCAAGGAGUUUCAAAAGAUUUUCUUCUUAACAGUGACAAUAACUAAAUCAGACCAAAUCGGUGUAUCUUUGUUUUGCAGCUGAUGAAAUUGGACACCUCAAGAGACCCCGCCCGAUGUCCGUGGGUGGUGGCGCAUCGCUUUUGAACAGAGUUCGGAGACAUGUUGAGCCAUUGACCAGAGGCCAAGAAACCCGCGUAGGAGUGAGCUGCCAUGUGAGCAGAGCUCAGUCGACACAGAAAACAUUCAACGCAAACCAAACUACAGAAAAGGGCAGACGAGAGUGGUCCAGGGACAGGUUGCAGUAACAAUAAGCUCCAAAUGGAGGCCACUGAUCAGGAUGUCAUGCUGGAUGGCAGCGAAGACCUCAUGUCCACAUCGGCCUCGUCCAUCAAUGGCGGCGGGGACUCAAAUGGCUGCGGCAAAAAACUGACCGUAACCUCGCCCGAUCCCACGUCGUACGUGACCAAGCAGCGAGUGACGCGACCCACGCCUCCUGCUCCUUCUAAGAAUCCGAUGCAGUUCGUCCAGAUCAAGCCCUGCAACCUAUACCAGACCGCGCAGGAGCAGCUGAAGAAGGCCGAGGAGGUCAAGAAGCUGAAGGAGGUGAAGAAGGAGGAGCCCGAGGAGUGGCAGAACAACCUUGACAAUUGGAAGUCAUCAAGGCGAAAACGUGUCGAACACAUCAUCGAUCGUGCGGUGGAGACGAAGAAGCUCGAGCUGGAGGAGCAUGAUCGCAUGCGGCGGAAAUCGAAGACAUUCACCGAAAUGAUGGAGGAGAGGGCUGAAAGAGGCGGACCUCGGGGGCGCGCCAAACUGGCUUCCCUGGCCGUUUACAACGAGGAUGAGACGAACGAUCUGAGUGACCUGGGGAUCGGGACGAGCAGUGCCAGCGGAAAGAGCAGUCUGUCCGAGGACUACGACAAUAAUAGUGUUAUGAGUGACCACGCUGGCGAGCUGGACAAGGCGAUUGGAGCAGCUAGCUCUGGUACAUCUGGAGGAGCCUCCCUAAAUGUCGACGAGCAGCAGAAUCAUAUCAACCGCAACGGCAGUAAUGGAAGCCACGGAAACGGAAUGGCCAUCGGCCAGGCGGGCAUAUCUAAUACCUCUAAGGCAGCAGGAAGAGAAUACAUUUCAUCGCCAGGAUACGACACCUCGUCCAGCACAGCACCAGCUAGUUCGCCAGAUCCGUGUGAAUACACCUACGAGGGAGCCAUCCAGGACUACAAGCAGAGGGUCCAACGGGCCAGCAGCAAUGGCAAUGGAAACGCCAAUGGCAAGGUGGUUGGAGAGCCAAUUUCUUAUCCCACCAGGCGUGGAUCCAAGAUCGAGGAUCGCCUGAGCGGCUUUGAGGUGACCUCGCCCAGCGAUACGCAAGAGGGUGUGGAUAAACAGAAGGUGGACGUGCCCAAGGUGGAUAUCUCCAAGCGCAAGGAGAUCUUCGAGCAGGCCAAGGUGGAAGUGUCCAAUGGAGCUGCCCCCGCUGCACCAAAACUGGUGCUCCGUGAUCGCCUAACCAAUGGCAAUGCAGCUCCCGUGGCACCCAAAUCGGAUGUGAGGCGUCUGUCCGGCGACAUCUCCAGCAUUCGAGACCGCAUGCAGAGCCUGGAGCAGCAACGCAAGGCCUUCAAUUCCAGCAAGAGUGUGGAUGUGCCAGUGCCUCCGCUCAAGCAGCGUUUGAACAGCUUGCAGCAGUCCGUUACCAAAGAGGAGCAGAAGAAGCCACCAUUGGUGGCUCUUAUCGAUGCCAGGCAACUGGAGAUCAUGCGAGGCGAAGAGGAACGAAUGCGCCAGCAACAGCAGCUCCAGCAGCAACAGAAGGAGAAGCAUAGCCCACAAAAAACGACCACUGUGCUCACAUCUCCGCCAGCCCUGAUUAUAGAGGAACCCCCGGUGGGAGCCACCAACGAUGACAGCGGCAUUCAGGAGGACACCACCGACGAACUGCAGCAACAGCAGCAACAACUCAACGCAGCCAUCGCCGCCUUGGCCCUCGAGGAGCGCCAGUUGGAGGAAGCGGCCAACGCGGUCAAUCAAAUCGAGGCGGAAUUCGAUGAGCUGACCGAUCUGAAUCCCUCGCCAUUACCACCAUCGCCGGCUCAUCCAUCGGCUCAACCAACCAUCCAACCAUCGGCAGCCGCUCCAGCUCCAGCACAAGCGGCCAACCACGCGGCUGCUCCUCCAUUGCGGGACAUGGAAUUUAGUAUCAACGAAGCUCUUGAAUUGGCGCUGCAAGCUAUCGAUCGCGAAGCGACAACCAAGCCAAUGGACAAGGCACAACAUCCACAGAAGCAGGAGGAGAGGGAGCAGCCGAAGGAGGAGGAGCAGCAGGAGGAGUUGGGGGAUCAGCCAGAGGAGGAGGAGCCAUCUCGGGCGAAGGAGCAGCAGGAGGAGGAGUCCAACGAGCAGGGGGAAGCACGCCCCGAGGGCGGGGAAAUGCCAAAUAAAACCGAUGAGCAGAAGCAGGGGGAACGAGAGCCCAUCUAUGAGAAUGUCAGCUCGACUAUAUCUAUGCAUGAAGUAGAUAAUGAACAGAUAGCAACGAUGACGAUAACCACACAGACCCAAGCGACGCGGAGGAGUCACAGGAGAAGCAUUCCAAAUAAGCAAACUAGCAACAAUAACGAGAAUAAUCAAAGCCCUAAUCAAAUCAACAGCAGCAGCAAUCAAAGGGAACACAGCACAGCGGCAACAUCAGCAGCAUCAGCAGCAACCAUCGUGCCACCAACCACACCGGCGGAUCCAGAGCCCUACUACCAAGUGCCGAAGGCCACGGAGCCCUACUACGACGCCCCGAAGCAUUUAAGACCAGUGCCAGUCUACGAGAACAUCGAGAUCUUCUACUCGGGCCUGGAGAUCAGUCAGGGAUCAGUAGGAGCUCCGAUGGGUCUGAUGGAGCCACCGAAAGAGAAGCCACCACCACCGCCCACCGAAAGUCCGCCGCCGAUUCCGGUGGGUCAGGACCAUGACGACGAGCUCGAUGGCUUGGGCAGCAGUCUGGGACACAACACCGAUACCUGGUCAUCGGACAACACCUACGAGACCAUAUCGAAUGGCACUCGCCGGCACCUUCAGGGACAAAUGGAACCCGCCCAGCCAUCGCCACCCAUCAAGCGGAUGAACUCGACCAAGCGGAUCAAGAAGGAGUUGCGCAACAAACGCUCCAGUUUCCUAGGCAUCGAAACCGACGGGGAUCUCGACGACAUGGAGACCUACCUGGAACUCACUGUUGCACCCCCGCCGGAUAUGGCGCAACUCUUGCAGGAGGAGAGGCGACUGGAGAAGCAGCUGUACAUUAAGGCGGGACUCUGCGACAGUUCCGACACAGGUGAGAGCCGCGACUCUGGAGUUUCUGAGAACCAUUCUCGCCAGAGUAGUGAGCACUACACGAACUCCUCGGAGGAGAACGACACGCAGUCGGAAGCGACGCCCCCACCACUGCCACCACCCCCAUCGACCACCCAGCUGGGUGAAGUUAUCUACCAAAACGAAAGCCUUCUAGCUGCCCAGACGCCUCUUCUCCAGACGGUCAAGGGGAACUCGGCCGAGUCCUGGACCGAGUCAGCGACGGCGGCAGCUGCCGCAACCCAAUCGCUGAGUGAAGCCACUGCGACGGCUAAUGCCAAGAUGCAGUCCAUUGAGGAUAAGAUCCGGGAGCAGGGCGAGGUGUUGCGGGUGGAGCGGGAGCUACUGCACUUUUCGCAGGAGGAACUGAAGCGACAGCGUGAGAACCUUCUGCUCCGUGAGAAUCUGGCGCGACGCGAGUUGCAGCACGGAGCGAAAAUGCUGAUGUCAAACAAUCGGCGAUCGCUGCAGGAUCUGCACCACGGCAUGGGCAUCGGCAACGGAAUGCUGAGUGCCUUCCAACCGCCACAGCACCACCAGGCGCCGAUGCCUCCACCACACCCACAGCAGAUCUACGCCAAUGUGCCGCAGCAGCAGCAACAAGCAGCGUUGUAUGCUUACCAUCAAAUGGACACGGACUACAGGAAGUCCAUGUCGGACAUAAACGAGUUCUCCAACCGCCUUAUGUUGCCGCCAACACCACCCACGAAGCCACUAAGGGCUAUGCAAAUAGCCGCCAAUGGCCAUGGCCUGGAGCCAGAUUACGCAGUUAGCACGAGGCAGCGGCAGCCGACGGUUUCGUACGGCGGAUCUCUGGUGAAGAUCGCUGGGGCACCAAUGGCCCCGCGGAUCUCCGGUCCAGGAUAUCCUGUUCAAGCGUCGGCAGCGGCUGCCUACCAUCACCAGUCGGCCCAAAACCUGAGCAAUAUGUCCAGGAACACGUUGCUCGCCUUAAGUGCCACACCAAAACCCAAAUACACCGACGGCUGGGUGCAGGUGCAGCAGCGGAAAAGCUACGACAGUCACCAGACCAACGAUCCGGCUUGGCUGUCCGCUCAACAGCAGAAGCGCAAAUCCAUGCCGGACUACGGCGGAGCCCUCUACAACAACAACCACUGGUUGCUCCAGGAGGCCGAGCAGCGACGCAUCGAGCAACUCAAUCGACGGUCGAUGCCAGCCAACAAUCCGAAGGGCAAACCACUGCCCGACUCCAUUAUCCAGACACUGACGGAGCGGGUCCAGAGCAAAGGCAUCGGCGAACGAAAGCGCUUCGAUGGCAACGGCAACUCUAAUGGCUACCAGCAGCAACCGCAGCAGCCAUUGCAGAAGACCAACAUCAACGGCAGCAGCAGCCAGGAGAAGGUGCUCAGCGUCAGUGGCAAGAAGAAGUGCUCCCAUUGCGGCGACGAAUUAGGUCGCGGCGCCGCCAUGAUCAUCGAAUCGCUGCUGCUUUUCUACCACAUCAACUGCUUCAAGUGCUGCGUCUGCCAUGUCCAGCUGGGAGAUGGCCUCAAUGGAACCGAUGUCCGGGUGCGGAACCACAAGCUGCAUUGCCAGAACUGCUACUCCAGCGACGACGGCAUCAAGUUCAGCUGCGUCUAACUGAGUCUUGGAACUUGCCAAGGAAACGGAAGUCAAUUCGAUGAUGGAUUUCGGGGUUGUUGUUGUUCUCGUUGCUAUUGCAACAUUGAUUGUUGUUGUUGUACUAGUAAUACAUAGAUACUAACUACUGACGUAA